AUUGAAACUCAAUGAAUUCAAUAUAACCACCAGAAGGAUAUGCAGAUAUUUGAAAGUUUAAAUGAAGAUGAUACAAUAAAAUUAAGAUCAGAAACAACAACAAGUAACUCAAAAGCAAAUGCACAUGCAAAAAUAUUCUAUUCACAAAUUGGAUUUACUGUAAUAACCUUCAUCCUUGGAUCUCGAGCUCUUCUCUCAAGUCAUAUUCCAUUUUUCUCAUGGCUUCCAGCUCUUCUGCUACUUUUUGAUUCAACACUAGCAUUCGCAUCACUUUUGUAUCUGGAUUUUAGUCGGGAAAAUACAACUUGCUACCUACGCCUGGUACUUUCUCUAGUCAUCUUGAGGCUUUCAUGUUCGGUAGUUUUGGUAGCGGAACUGUUCCUACCUCACUCGGAUCCAACAGUUUCAAUUCCUCUUAUUAUCGUAUCAAUUGUUCAUAGUGCUUUCUCAUUGCUCAGUUCGGUUCAAGUCCACAGUUUGAGCUUCUCGAAUCGAGAAAAAAUCGCAGAAGACCUAGAAGAUGCAAUAAAAAUGCAGCCAUAUCUUGGCAGUACAACAACUUUGGUCACAAAUCUUGAUGAUGAAGUUCACGUAGAUUUGAUCUAAUUUUAUUUGAUUUGAAACCAACGAUAAUCAAAAAAAACGCGGGUAAAUACAAUUGAAUACAAAUAAAUGAUUUUGUACAA